AUGAUUGAUUGGAUAUCCAUAUCUGCGUACUGUGCCAUGUUCGUGCUAUGUUUGUGUCCAGCGUUUUUGUGUGUCAACUUCUUUGUGCUGCCUUGUGUUGUUGCUCUGUUUCGCUUUCUUGUGUCCCUUCCUUCCAUGAUUGAUAGGAUAGCCAUACCAACCCCAAUGCCAACAACAGCCCAUGUUAACGACCAUGUGGUGGUGGCGAUACCACCAACCCUAAUGCCAACAAGCACCCCUGUCAACAACCAUCUUCUAGAGGCGAUACAACAGCGAAUCCUUAACCAAAAAGCAGGCACCCAACUUAAUGGUGAAAUUGUGCAGGAGCAAAUAUAUGAUAGUAGUACUUGCAAGAACGAUGACUGUGUAAUAUGUCUUGAGGCUUUCACUAAGGACCAGAAAAUCGGUGUUCUGGUGUCCUGCCAACAUUCAUUCCACGGCCAUUGCAUCAAGGAGUGGUUGUUGGUUAAUCCAAUUUGCCCUAUAUGUCGACAUUCCAUGAUCAGAUCUUGA